AUGAAGCAAAGCAUACUCAUCUUACGCCCAUCUAGCUCCAGCAAUGAUCACAGCAGUGCCGAAAAGGGGUAUGUGGAGGAAGUCGAUCUUCACAACAAUGUUUCCGCGAAAAUCAAAAAUCCUCUGGCCGGCUUGACGAAAAACCAAAUAAUCCGGGACGUUGAAGAGUUCGCACAAGAGUACAACGUCAUAUAUAUCCUACCGGAGCUUAAAAAGGGUGCGCUUGUUGCUCGUGAUCCUACCGAGUUUGAAACAGUCGCCGAUUUGACUGACCCCGAGCUUACUGCACUGCGGGACGAAGUGCUACACAAGUGGCGCCAGCCCAAACAACUUUACUUCACGAUUAUUCUUUGUUCCAUCGGUGCAGCGGUGCAAGGAUGGGAUCAGACAGGAUCCAAUGGUGCCAACCUUUCAUUCCCUGAUGCAUUUGGUAUCUCGGACGCGAAGGGUGCCCCUAACGCCGCUCGGAACUUGUGGCUUGUUGGUGUCAUCAAUGCUGCGCCUUAUAUUGCCAGUGCAGUUCUCGGCUGCUGGCUUUCGGAUCCCUGCAAUCGAUUCUUGGGUCGCCGUGGAACAAUAUUCAUGUCCUCCAUAUUCUGUGUCCUUACACCUAUUGGCUGUGCAGUUACGCAGACCUGGGAGCAAUUAUUUGUGGUCCGCCUGUUGCUAGGAAUCGGGAUGGGACUCAAAGCUUCGACUAUUCCCAUCUUCUGCGCCGAGAAUACACCCGCCAUCAUUCGAGGUGGUCUGGUCAUGUCUUGGCAGCUUUGGACUGCGUUUGGAAUUUUCCUCGGAUUCAGUGCGAAUCUUGCAGUUAAAGACACUGGUGCUAUCUCCUGGCGCCUUCAACUGGGAUCGGCUUUUAUUCCCGCUGUUCCCCUUCUCUUCGGUGUUUACUUCUGCCCAGAGUCCCCUCGUUGGUACAUUCGACGGGGCGAGAUGGGCAAGGCCUACCGAUCUCUUUGCCGUCUGCGUAACACACCCUUACAAGCUGCUCGGGAUCUCUACUACAUUCAUUCACAAAUCAAGAUUGAGGCUAGCUUGAUUGGUGACAGUAAUUAUGCUACCCGAUUUAUCGAGCUCUUCACCAUCCCUCGUGUUCGUCGUGCAACUCUUGCCUCUUUCGUGGUCAUGAUCGCACAGCAGAUGUGUGGUAUUAAUAUCGUUGCAUUCUACUCCUCGACUGUCUUCUCCAACGCCGGUGCAAGUGAUACAGAGGCUCUUUUUGCCUCUUGGGGCUUUGGGCUUGUCAACUUUCUGUUCGCGUUCCCGGCCAUCUGGACCAUCGAUACCUACGGACGCAGAUCGUUGUUGCUUUUCACUUUCCCGCAAAUGGCCUGGACGUUGCUUGGGGCUGCAUUCUGCUUCUGGACACCCGAGGGAACUAAGGCUCAUUUGGGAUCAAUUGCGUUCUUCGUCUUCCUCUUUGCUGCGUUUUACUCCCCUGGCGAAGGACCCGUGCCCUUUACCUACUCGGCAGAGGUAUUCCCUCUUUCUCAUCGAGAGGUCGGUAUGUCUUGGGCCGUGGCAACCUGUCUUGGUUGGGCUGCAGUGCUUUCUAUCACAUUCCCCAAGAUGUUGGAUGUCAUGACAGCAACGGGUGCAUUUGGUUUUUACGCUGGUUUGAACGUGACAGCUCUAGUCAUGAUAUUCCUCUGGGUCCCAGAAACCAAACAGCGGACUCUUGAGGAGCUGGAUUAUAUCUUUGCGGUGCCCACCCGGGUUCAUAUGAAAUAUCAGGUCACUCAAGCGCUUCCAUAUUGGGUCAAACGCUACAUCUUCCGCCAGAACGUCGAGUUGGAGCCACUCUACAAGUUUGAUCAUCUUCCAAAGGAUGCAAAGGUUGUUGCAAUAUCAGGAACGCAGAAAAUUGUCUCAGAGAAUGCUAAGUCUUAG